UUCCAAAAGUGACCGCAAGUGGCGCUGUUGUAAAUGACGUCAGAUUCGAAGCCAUUGCUAAAAAAAGUUUAGGAGCAGAGAAUAUCCACCAUAAAACGUGUAAAGCUUGACGCAGAGAGUAUCAAAGACCGUAAGAACAACACCUCUCCAAAGCCGUGAUUACCAUUCUUUAAAUAUGAGGAUCUCGUUCGCCAUACUGGGCGCUGUUUUAGUAACUCAGGCAUUUGCAAUUGGCAACUCCUCAGUUAAUGUUAAAAAUAUAAUAAUGGAUGACCAAUCCCCAGUUGUGCUGUCUUGUAACGUGACCGGGAUCUCCGACCCUGUGGUAACAUGGUACAGAUUCGGCAUCAAGCUUAUGGACGAAGAGAACAAAUAUGAGAUCGACAUGAAUAAUAAUACACUCACUAUCCUUAACCCAAAACGGGAUUCUUCACCCACAGUGCAGAAUGAUGUAGGCCCCUAUGAGUGUUCAUAUGCAACGGACAACAAGACACUUUACGUAUAUUCCAAGCCUAUAAUUGAUAACCAUCACCUGGGUAAAUCUAAGAACCUGAUUCAAGGAGAAGUCCUCGUAGUAAAUUGCCCUAUCACUGGCUACCCACUACCCACUGUAGAAUGGCUUAAAGGUGGAAAACCUAUGGACUUCAACUCUUCAAGAAUCCACUUCAAUAUCGUAGAUGAAAUAGAGGGCGCUCAGAUGACUAUUAAUGAUAUCAAGGAUGAUGACCGUGCCGAGUACACUUGUGUAGGAACCAAUAUCAUCAAUGGUGAAAAGUAUAAUGACACAGCCGUAAUCAUGAUCAGAGUAAUAGAUAAACUUGCUGCUCUCUGGCCAUUCCUGGGAAUAGUAGCUGAGGUUGUUGUGCUUUGUACUAUAAUCUUUAUUUAUGAAAAGAGGAGAUCAAAACAAAACAACUUUGAAGACGAAGAUUCUGAUCCUAUCAAUGAUGUUAAAACUAAUGACAGUGCCGCUAGGGAGGGUGAUGUCAGACAGAGAAAGAAUGAGAAAUAAACAUGGAAGAUCUCUAAGUAAUUCAUGCAAACCAACAUC